AGCAUGCGCAGCGAAUUAAAAUACGAAGCGGCCGAAGAUUUUACCUACUGACUCCCACGGGUAGGAAUAUAUAUAUAUAUAUAUAUAAACGUUAGCGCUGCUUAAAAAGAAAAAGAAAUAAUACAAGGCAUAGAGCGCGGCGUCACCGGCGUAGUGAGGCGCACCUAUAUGGGCACAACUAGUGAAGCACUUCAACCCGACACCACAGCUUUUUAGGCACCGCGGUGGAAGCGCAGCUGUGGCGAGUAGGCGAGUGCAGUAGCAGCGUAACACGCAAAGCGUAAGGAGUCCAGGCGCAAUACUAACUGGUAAUCUGUGAGACAAUAAUUCACUCUCUUGGGUGACCGAAGCAAUGGUCUCCACUCGUGCUCGAGCGCGGAGUGUGCGUGGCAGCGACACACACAGCUCCGACAGCGAAGGCGACGCACACGCGAUCUCCAGCGGCGAGGACGAGCCCACGCCGAGGCGCAGGUCGGGUAGACCAACGGCAAAUAAAACCGCCACUGCAGCAGCAGCAGCAGAAACGGCAGCCGCAGCUGUGGUGGACACGUCCCCUUCACAGACACAAGGUGAGCAGCUUGGCCGUGGCUGCCGGGUGUCGCGCUCUUCAGUCUCCCUCGACGAGCAGUACCUUGCCGCGUCCUUGUACCGCUCAAGCAUCCAGCAGCGCGGUUACGCCGGGGCGGGUCGUCGCAGUCACAGCAGCCCUCGCACGCACGAGGAGGCGUUUGUGGUUUCUCGCCGCUACCCCAUACGCGAGGCCGCCAAGCGGGCCAUGGAGAAUCUUCACGUGACGCUGACGAGCGCCAACGGUGCCGCAGCGCUCGACGACGACGACGACGAUGACGACGAGACGAGCAACAGCGUGGGGGUCUUCCACUUUCGUCAUCACCCGGAGAUGGUGGAGGAGAUAUCCAGAAAGCGCGAGAAACAGCGGCAGCGCCUCCAACACCGUUAUCCCAGGCGACGACGCCAACACGGCAGCAGCGACGCCAGCAGCUCAGAUGAAGACACGUCGGAGAGCGACGGCAGCAGCAGCGGCACUGACACGGGUGAAGAGAGCGAUUCUUCUUCAACCAGCCCGAACAACGUGCGCGGAAAAGCCGACCAAUCGCCGCCGGGGCAUCCGCCACGGAUGGCGACCGCAGCGUCAACGCAAGCAAUGCCCUGUCGAGGUGGCAACGCUUCCGCCGCAUCCUCCCCACGGGAGAGCGGUGGCACCGGGGACUCCACACGACCGACCACCACAACGGCCGCCACUCCGGCAACGCGUCGCACGACGACCUCCGCUCGACCAAGCAGCCACAACAACGACGAUGCCAUUUCACUCGACUCCUCCAUCACGGAGGCCUCCAUGCGGGAGGAGAGCGUGGAGCGGGCAGAGAUGCACGACCGUCACGCCCGUCUGUCGCCGUCGUCGUCCGCCGCCUCGAGCGACAAUGGCGACGGCACGCGCGACUUCGCCAAUGAGGCGGAGCGUCGCCGCGCCGUGCGCAACGCCCGUGAGAGCGUCCGGCAGAACCUGAACGUUAACUACUACAUGGCCGACGCGGUGGGGGUCGAGGGAGCGAGGAAGAUACGACGUCGUCAGCUGGACCGUCGGUACCGCUGGCUGGUCCACCAGGAGGAGGAAGCCCGUGCGCGCGGGGACGGCAGCGGCGGCACGGCCACUGAAAGCAGCAGCAGCAAUGCAGUCACCACGGCAAACGGCGCGUUGGGCGACAUCCUGCCGCUGCGCGUAGACGACGACGUCACCUUCGACAGCGUUGGCGGUCUACCGGAGCACAUUGUGACUCUGCGCGAGAUGGUGCUGCUGCCAUUACUGUAUCCGGACUUGUUUGAGCGGCUGGACCUGAGGGCGCCGCGCGGGGUGCUGUUUGUGGGACCGCCCGGCACGGGGAAGACGCUCAUGGCGCGUGCGCUGGCGAAUGAGGGGUCGAAGUUUGUGUGCGGCGGCAGCGGCGGUACAUCAUCGCAGCGCAUUACUUUCUUUGUCCGCAAAGGUGCGGACAUGCUGUCCAAGUGGGUCGGCGAGAGCGAGCGGCAGCUGAAGCUGCUCUUCGAGGAGGCGAAGCGGCUGCAGCCGAGCAUCAUCUUCUUCGACGAGGUGGACGGCUUAGCCCCGACGCGGCACGCCAAGACGGAGCAGACGCAGGCCGCCCUCGUCUCCACGCUGUUGGCGCUGCUGGACGGCCUGGAGGACCGUGGGCAGGUCGUCGUGAUUGGCGCAACCAAUAGGCCCGACACCUUGGAUCCUGCGCUGCGCCGCCCGGGCCGCUUCGACCGCGAGCUCGUUUUCCCCCUGCCCGACGCCGCGGCCCGUCGGCACAUCUUGACGAUUCAGCUCGCCAAGAAGGCGAUGCCGGACUCGGCGGAGAAGCGCACCGCCCUGCUGCGGGACUUGGUCGAGAUGACGGAGGGGUACUCCGGAGCCGAUUUGGGGGCGCUGUGCACGGAGGCCAGUUUGCACCGUCUCCGCACGGCGCUCCCGCAGCUGUACCUAAGCAGCGCGCGUCUCGUCGUCCCGCGUGAGGUAGAGCAGACGCGGCUGCACGUCCGCACCGAAGACUUCUACGCGGCGGCGCAGCUGAUGCAGCCGUCGCUGCGUCGUUGUCGCACGGCGAGGCACAGCGACUCCUCCUUUCUCGACGCGUACGUGGAGGUGUUGGUGCGUGGCACGCGUGAUGCGACGCUGGCGGCGUUGGCGCCGUCGUGGUCGCUCGUCGAUAAGGUCGUUCGCGCGGGUUCGCGGGAUUGUCAGGACAUGGCGACGGCGGUGCGGGCGCUUUGUGCCGUGCCGAUCCCACAGCCGCCUCGUCCCUGCCUCCUUGUCUUGCACGAGGCGCAGCCACUGACGCCUGUCUCGGCGAUCUCUCCACCACCGCAGCGGCAUCAGCAGCAGCAGCAACAACAACGGCGUGCGCUGCAGCUCCAUCACCUCUCCAUUAGUCUUCUGAAAGGACUGCCGGGACUUCAUCAAAUCACCGUGAAUCUGCCCGAGUUGGUGUGGGAGAGCGAUGUACCCGCCGCUGCUUCGUCGGCCUGGUCGUUGCGUGGGCUCUCCACGCAUGCGAACCCAAAUGCGGACUUCGGCGGGGUCUCGGACGAUUUCCUGGGCAACGCAAGUGGAGGCGGCGGGGACUCGUUUACGCAUAUGGGCCAAGUGGUGCAGUCGGUACGGCAGUGCAGCCCCUGUGUGGUGUACCUCAAUGGAGCGGAAGAGUGGUUGUCUGACCUGCACGGUCUUGACGACGACGACGACGAUGACAACGAGCAAAUGAAUGCGGAAAAGGAAGGCCAAGAGGAACACGCUCUUGGUUUGAGGAGUGAAAAGAACGUUGGCCGCAGCUCCGCAACAGCGGCAGAAACAACGACGUAUGUGUCACGGCGGCAGCAACGACGCGUGCAGCUGUUCCGCUACUACAUGAACAUGCUGGCCGACACCGAUGUCAUCUUCCUGCUGCCGUGUGCGACCACCGCGACGUGCGAGCUGCUCCUCGGCCAGAGCCCCGACCACUCCCACCAUAACCACAGCGUGGAUCACGGUAACGCUUUCCCCGACUCCGCCUCCGUAAUGGAGCAGAGCGUCGCGUCAUCGGAGUUCUUUUCGAUCGCGUCUCCCUCGCCAUCAUCCCCGAUGCUGACGGUGGACCCGCCCACGGCGGUGCACCUCACACGAAUGUCUGCGCAGCAUCAGCAGCUGCACCCGCGCUUCUCCAUCGUGUUCGCCGGCAUCGCCACGUCGCCGCUGCCGGCUGAUUUACGCCGCUUCGUCACAUACGUGCAUCGCAUUGUCGCCAUGACGCUGCUGCUGCAUCGCGGAGAAGGGCGCAAGAAAAAGGAAGAAGACCACGGCACGCCGACGACGGCUGGGGGUGCGGAUGGGGAGCGCCACGACGUCCCUGUGCUUCGCGAGGAUCCCGCCCCGCUGCCGUCGCCGCUCGCCCACGCGCAGCUCCGCGCCCGCCGCCGUGCUGAUCGUGCCCGCCGCUGCGAUGUGUGGCGCAAGGUGGAGUACCGCCGAUUGCAGCUGCGCCACGUCCUAAUGAAAUGGGUCACGCAGUACGUCAACUCCGGCAAGUUCCGCCUGCUCGUCAGCGCCGACCUCGACUUGGCGCCAGACGACCCCCUGUGCAAGGCGUGGCGGGAGCACACCCGAAAGCACCGUGUUGGCCUGCAGGACAUCUUGGAAAACAUCGAAGAUGAAAAGUACGUGUGCUUGUCGCAGUACCACGACGACGUCGAUCAGCUCGUGCGCAACGUGCGCUCCUUCUUCCGCACCCGCGCUUCGCAGGAUCAGCGGUACCGACUGAAGGCGCUGGACCUGAAGGAGACGUGCCUGCUCAACAUGUAUAAGAUGAACCGCGAGGUGAUCCGCUUCUGCGAGGAGACACGCGACUUGCAAGAGCCCUCAUCCUCCGACAGCGAUGCAGAGGCGAGGAGCACUCACGAAAGAACGCAGGGAAAAGAUAGGCGACAUCACAAGCAGCAACGCUCGGAGCGCGACGGCAGCGAGGGGGCCGACGUAAACCACGCCGACCGCACGACGUCGCUCGUGCGGAGAGACGAGGACCCGGCGUUGAUUGCAGAGCAGAUGCGACGAGCCGUCAGCUUCUCGCAGCGUCCUGCGGCUCCACCCCGCAAGCGGCGACGAGGCGGUUGGACACCCACUGAGCGUCGGCGUCGGCGCAAGCGUGUUUCCGCGGCAGGGAAGUCGCCUCAAGCGACGGUGGAGAAGAGCGAGGACGAGGAUUCGAGGUCGAACUCGGCCGACGAUGCGGAGGGCAAUCAGAAAGGCGAGCCCGACGCCAAGAGUGACCCGCCGCAACAGGAGAGAGAUCCAAAUACAGACGCUGACGAGUCCGUGGAGGUGUGGGCGUGCACGGUGCUUUCUACCUUCACGUACUCGCGACUGUACCACGUCUUCAGGACAGUCAUGCGGGGGUUGGAGGUGGAGGUGCGUCUUCUGGAUGGCAAUUCUACACCACAACGUCAGCAGCAACCACCACCACCACUGAGGUCAGACGCUCUUGCUGAUUCCGCGGAGGCUGUGCCGGCGGCUGAAGAAGAUGGUAAGAACACGGAGACGGAGAGCACCGCGGCGCCACGCUCACGGAACUCGUACGUGACGGCUGUAUUCAAGAAGCUGCUCUUGGCGGCUGUCCAGGAGUGA